GAUUGAUUGGCAUAUUAUGAUACUAGAUUUAUCCCAGGAAAAUGGCCGUUGGUUUGCGUAAAUGAAAAUGUUCUGGCCUGCAUUUCUUGCUGUGGAUUUGCCAGGCCCAGCUCUGUUCGCCCUUGGAUAAGCCCCGGGCUUUGGAUUAGUGAAGUGUCGUCUGCCACAGCAGGUUGGAGCAGACGGACUGGCUAUGGCUGAGGACGCCGAGCAAGGCGAUAGUCCGAGUGGCUCGCCCGUCUCUCCCGAUCCUCAGCAUGAACAUGGACAUUUUUUCACCAAGAAAACCUUCCACAGGCCAACCUACUGUCAUCACUGCACGGACAUUUUGUGGGGGCUGAUUGGAGUUGGAUAUGUGUGUGAAGUGUGUAAUUUUGUGGUCCAUGAUCGGUGUAUGAAGACAGUGGUUUCUCCUUGCUCCAGUAUAGCCGCAAGUCUCAUCAAGAACCCAGUGGCCCACUGCUGGUCAGAGCCUGGCCACUUCAAACGAAAAUUCUGCAAUGUGUGUCGCAAACGUCUGGAAGAUAGUGCUGCCAUACGUUGUGAAAUCUGUGAAUAUUAUGCACAUUUGGACUGUCAAGAUUUUGUAGUCAGUGAUUGCAUGGAAUGUGCAACUUACCAUCCAGACAGAGACAAGGGAAACAUUGUGCAGUAUCACCACUGGAGGGAAGGGAACCUGCCUCCAAACUCCAAAUGUGUAUCCUGCAAGAAGACCUGCUGGUCCUCUGAGUGUCUGGCUGGCAUGCGUUGCGAGUGGUGUGGUGUCACGGCACAUGCCACAUGCUACAAAAGUCUGCCAGCAGAAUGUAAGUUCGGCAGUCUACGAGAGAUUAUGCUGCCUCCUAGUUGCCUGACCAUACCUCGCAUGGAUGUUCCCAUGGAAACCAUUUUGGGCAUCAAUCGCAAACCAACCUUUCCAGCUCGCACAGUUUCAGAAGAAUGGUCAUCCAGUGGGGAUUCAAAGACAGAAGAUGAGGAAAAAGAGCGCCGCUCACCUCGAGAAAAAGACAGCCGGGACAAAGAUAAAGAUGCUGAUUAUGAAGUAAUUCGAGUUUUUGAUGGUAAUGCUUCCAUGAAGAAACGGCUGUAUCGCACAAUCACAGUUCCACGUAAUGCCCCAGCUCAGGUUCUUCUGGAGGCAGCUCUCAAAACAUUCCACAUAUCAGAUGACCCCAAGAACUACUAUGUCGCAGAGGUUUGUGAAUCAGGGGAGCGAGAGCUGGAAGAAAAUGUUCCCCUGCGCUCUCAGCUCAAGACACCUGAUGGAAAGAGGCCGUCCAUCUUCCUCCGCUACAGAGAACGUAAUCCAGACAAGGGCUACAUCAAAAUCUACUCUGGUGCCCUGAGAGUGUCUGCAAGCUACAAGAACAUCCCUGUCACUAAAGAUACGACAGCAGAGGAAGUGGUCAGCAUGACACUUCGCAAAUUUGGUUUAGAGGAUGCUCAUCCAGAGAACUUCGGUCUGAUUGAAGUGUUGCUGGACAAAGGCGUGACUGAGCGCAAGGUGGCCCCGAGUGAUAAACCAUGGCAAAUAAUACAGCAGAGUCGCAAGGAAUCUUUGCGGCAGAACCGCAUGACCAGGUUUUACCUGCAGCAAAAGGAAGAUCCCCAUGGACCCAGUAUCUCACUGUUUGUUGGCAACUUGCCAACUGGUCUUUCUCAGCGUCAGUAUGAAAAAAUUCUUCUGGAUAUUAUAGGGAAAGAAAACAAGUGGUGCAGCUUUGAUGUUAUAUACUACGAGUAUGGCUCUAUAGUACUAAUUUACACCAAUCCAGAAAAAACCACAAAAGUUUUCAAUAUUCUCCAGGAAGCUGUCUUUGAUGAUAAACAGCUUUUAGUUCUUCUCUUACCAAAUAUUCAGUCCCACAUGAUCCCUGAGGGUGUUCAUCCUCUCAUGGUGUUUGUCAAUGUCAAGAGUGGUGGUUGUCAAGGCCUUGACCUCAUCACUUCUUUCCGCAAACUCCUCAACCCACAUCAGGUCUUCAAUCUGGACAAUGGAGGACCUCUACCGGGACUUUAUGUUUUCCGCAACAUCCCUAAUUACAAGAUCCUGGUUUGUGGGGGUGAUGGAAGUGUAGGCUGGGUCCUCUCAUGCCUGGACAAUGUAAGCCAGGAUGCCAUUUGCCAGUCACCACCCAUGGCCAUAGUACCUCUUGGCACAGGAAAUGACCUUGCCAGAGUGCUGCGAUGGGGUCCAGGAUACACUGGGGGUGAAGACCCUCUAAAUGUCCUGCGUGAUGUGAUUGAUGCAGAGGAAAUCAAGCUGGACAGGUGGACUGUCAUUUUUCAUCCCAAUGAAAAAGAGCAGGAUGAGACCAAGGUAGCUAUUGCCAAUGACACAAACUCCGCGAAUACCAACGAGGAUCCCACCAAGAUAUUUGUUAUGAACAACUAUUUUGGCAUUGGCAUCGAUGCAGAACUGUGCUUGGAUUUCCAUAUGGCGCGUGAAGAGAAGCCAGAUAAAUUCAACAGCAGACUGCACAACAAAGGAGUAUACCUUAAGAUGGGGCUACGUCGCAUGGUUAAUCGCAAGUCCUGCAAAGAUCUACACCGCCACAUUAAAGUGGAGGUUGAUGGCAAACUCAUUGACCUGCCGCCUGUUGAAGGGAUUGUCAUCUUAAACAUUCUCAGCUGGGGGUCAGGAGCCAACCCAUGGGGUCCAGAGCGUGAAGAUACAUUCAACAAACCCACACAUUAUGACGGCAUGUUGGAGAUUGUGGGUGUCACUGGGGUAGUCCAUAUGGGACAGAUCCAGAGUGGACUUCGCACUGGAGUGCGCAUUGCGCAAGGUGGCCAUUUACGGAUCACACUUUUGGCGGACCUCCCAGUCCAAGUGGAUGGUGAGCCAUGGAUACAACCAGCUGGCCAGGUGGUAGUCCUCCGAUCAGCCCUUAAGGCAACAAUGCUGAAGAAGAGUAAAAACAAAAUCAAAAGACGCAACACAGAACCCAGCAUUUUCUUUCCAGAGAAUGAACCUCUACAACAGGCCCAGUCUCCAACAGAGGAGAGUGGUCCUCUUUAACAACAUUAAUACUGAAGAUAGCUGCUGAGGAGUAGCAUGGGGUUGCAAUGGCAACUGGAUUGCCUGUUCAUGGGACUGGCAGUGCAUGUACUGUGCUGAAUUGAACAUCAAGCCAAAUGUGCUGGUAGUAGAAGAUUGAGUGACCAGCCCAGCUAACCACAGACUGACAGACUCCAAUGCUGAGCAGUCCACACACAUGCACUGCUUUUGUUUGUUUGUGUAUGUAUGUGUGUGUGUCUUGGACUGCAGGCUGCUCUGGCACAAACUCCAUACCAUGGAACCUGGAGAUUGUUGACAGUAGUAUACUUGUGUCAUUGUGUAUGCAUGUGUUGCAUGGAUGUGCAAUGCAUGUGCUUAUGCACAUGUAUGCCUAUAUGUAAGUGUGUGUGUGUGCAAUUGCACAUGUGCGUGUGUGUGUAGUAGUUGUAGCAGUAGUAGAUGCCGGCGGCUGGGUUGCCGUAGACAUCACUGAGAAGUAUACAGAAGGUUUUUCAGAGUCAGGUGGAGGAGGAAGUCACACAUUGUGUUUGUGUAUGCUCAGGUAGAUUUGUAUCAUGUCAUUUUCUGCAUACCCCAUGGAGGGUGUACAGUUAUUUGCGCUUGGCAACUAGCCAACCUCAUCCAGCCUGCUCUUGGAUGUCGGUGUAGGUGCACAUGCAGUUGACUUGUGCCAGGCUGUGCACCAUCUUGUUGGUGUAGGUGCACAUGCAGUUGACUCAUGUCAGGCUGUGCACUGUCAUAUGUCGGUGCACAAAAGUGGAGAAAAUAUACACACACUGGAUACGGAGGCUUGGCAUGCAGGUUUAUGCAUACCUAUUGCUUGGUGUCUGUGUUUUCAGCAAUUCUGUGCACCACCAUCUUAUUUUGUACACAUCAAGAAUGACAAUGAAGACGAGGCUGUUUUUGAACUGUAACAUGACCAGCAUCCUUUCUUAAAGGGUCUUUGUGGAGUGUUAGAGGACUGACUGUGUAGGUGACACUGGCUAGACCAGAAUUUCUUCUUUUAUUACUGAAGUGAACUUGUGCUGAUUAGGAUGGCCCUGGAAUACCUUUAUUUAACACAAAUAUUUUUGAUUUCGUUGAUGUCUUAUUCACUUUAUCCAUAUUGCUCACGUGCACAUGUGCACACACACACUCUUUCUCCUACACAUACACUCUCAAACAUGCAGGUGCGUACACACACAUAUUGUGUCUGUCAGGUCUGCCUUGUUCUCACUAUCUCUUCCCUGCCUUUUACUGAUAUUUUUCUUAUGUAUUAUUUGUUUUUCCACUGGCUCAUUUUUCUCUCUCUUACCAAUAUAUUUGACUUUGUUUUUUAUAGGCUGACUAUAAGAUGGCCUUGGACAUAUUUGCUUACUUUCAAACCCCUCUCACCUUCUAACCUCUUCGCUCUGUUUGUCUCUCUGACUCUGUUCCCUUUCUUUUUGAAUGGUUCAGCUUUUCUCCUUUCACUGAUCUGUCUGUUUCUCUUUGGCUAUGCUUCUUCCCCUUCUGGUUCUCCAGCCUCCCAGUCUUGCUAAGCAGAUUUCCUAGCAGGCAUACAAUGAUCAGUGUGUGUGCCAAGGUCGUUGUUUCUUUGAUAUGUCAUCCAUCAUUUGCUCACAGUGUGAGUGACAUCAUGCAAAGGAGCAAAUGAGUUUCAAGUUUCAUGCAUGAAGCCAUUGACAUUUUUCUUGUGAUAGCACAUGUACAUUUACCAAAUGGGCGGCACAAAAAGACAAUGUCUGCUUAUUUCCAGAUGUACCUAAUGGAGUAUUUAAUGUCAGACUUGUUAAUCCCAUGAUCAUUUGUUGCUAUUGUUGUACAGUGUUUGCUGGACCAUGUUGACUCUUGAGCACUAGGCAUUCAUAAAAAGUUUGUUUUAAAAUCAGGGUUUAUCUAGCCAAUAAUGAAUUUUUUUUUAAUGGAACAUGCACCAUUUGUACUCAUAUGUUGGCCAUUUGUGACAAGGCUACAUCUUUUCACAUGCAUGCUUGGCACUGGGGUCUCUUGUGUGAACUGAGCAACUUUCUUGUGCUUUGAAUGCAGACUGAGUUUUAGCUUUGUCUGCAAAAUGUUGUGAGCACCUCUUGAUGGUUUAGCCAACUGAACAGACUCAGAGACAUUGGUCUACAAUUGUUCACCUUUCAUUGCCAAAUGGCUUACAGUUGAUUUGUGAAGGGUUUCACUGCCUUGGUGUUAUCUUGCCUUCAUAUUGUUUGGUGUCUGUUCUGCGGUAGCAUUUUGCCCAGUUAUAAACUUCUUACUAGCUUAGCAUUUGCAACUUGGGAGAAAUAGGUAGGAAAGGUAGCUGUUAACAUGCUAAUCAGUUUCUAGUCACAUAUAUCAGGAGGGCUAAAGCUGGCUUAAAAUUUAUACCUGGAAAUUUAAGAAGGUUGUGUUCAUCCCUUUUUGAGGAUUUUCAGAAAGAUGAGGUUGUUGGAAGUGAUACUCUAAAUGUGUUGUGUAGUAGCCAUUUCAACCAAUUUAAGAACCAACAAGUGUGCCAUGGACUUUCAUUGUUGCAUGUUAUAACAAAAAAAGUUUCCCUGAUGGUGCUGUUUAUAUAUAUGAAAAAUGAGUUUAUUGGAAAGUUACUAAAGACUGAAAUGUACAGCUGAAAGUUAACAUGCUAAAACUUUGUCGGAAAUGUGGUCUUUCGCUCUUUCUCUUACUUUUAGAACAGAAUAUAGCAGAAUGAUAGCAACAUUGUCAGUAGCUAAUUUAAUGAAUUGGUACCAAUAAAUAGUUGUAUGAUAGACAGAGUUUCCUAACUGGUUGGCAGAAAAGAAGAUAUUUGUCAAAGAGCAUGGUUAUUGAGGUGUAACAAUUCACUUUGCAAAUUUCUGAAGUUGACCAUAAAUAUGUACUGAAUAAACGUUGUAACAGUUAAGAGCUGCAUUUCAGACACUGGUCUUAGCAAGAAUAAGAUAGAUUAAAAAAAAAAAAAAACUAAAACUGUUUCAGUGAAGGGAGUUAGUCACAAAUUUUUACUCUUGGGCAGGCCAUACAGAGCAAAGCAGGAGAUGUGUUUCUUCCAGGUCUUGCAACAGGCAUUCAGUAGCAUUACAUGCCUUGUUUUCUGAAGGCUACUACUGGCAGAGUAUAUGUGGAUGCUGCCCAAAUAGCAGAGGAAACACAUUUUAUUUAACUUGAUAACUAGCAUCCCUGAGUGCUGUUUUGCCUGCACCUUUUGAUUGGCCGAACCAGAAAAAUCACCUUUUUUUGUAGUUGUCUCCCUUGACAAAUUUGCUAAUUGUUUCUCCAGUCAUCUUUAAACCCCUCAGUGUUUGCAUUUUCCUUUAGAACGAUGUUUUCUUUCAGUUAGUAAAUACAUACUUCCAACAUGAUUUUUCAUCUUUUGUCUUUCAUUUUAGAAGGCUAAAAGCUUGGGUACUUUUUUAUAAUUCAGUUCAGAGAGGAACAUAAAAGUGGACAUUUCGCUACAUCUUUUUUUCAGCUUUGGACCAUGUAGCAUAUUAAACUGUACCUCUUAAAGAUGCAUGCACCGCUAGUAGAACUGCCAGAUCUGUGAGCAUAGAUAUGUGUAGAUAAGGGAGCAGCUUAGAGGUGGACCAAGUCUUGUAGAAAGCAUUUUUUCUACGGGUCCUCAAGUCAGUGUACCAUUGGAAAUAGUGGUGGAGGAAGCGUGAAUAUGUUUAAGUUUUUCCUGUAUUUACAUUGGCUAUCAUUGGUGUUUUCUAUCGCCAAGCAGAAAAAUGCACAAAUUGUAAUUUCUUUUAAGACAAGAGAUAUUUAUUCAUUUAUUUGUUUAUUAGUUUUUUUUUUCUUUUUCUAUACAUGAAAGAAGUCUAGAAUUAUUUGCUGUGGUUUCUGGACCAACAAGGAAACUGUGUGAAGAAUGAAUUUAGUGUAAAUGCAUGGUGGAAAUCUUGGGCAAUGUUGGUCUUGAAGUUGAAGCUUGCUUGCAGUUAGCCAGACAAGCUGGCCUGAGGCUGUUCACUCUGCCUGAGUCUACCUAGGCUACUGCUUUCAUAGUGUUGUAGUGAUGCCUGAGGAACAAAAGCACAGUGAGUUUAGUCAUGCUUCAGGAAAGCAUUGGGCAUGAUACAGUCCCACUCUGUCUUGACCCUCAUGCAUCUCACCAUUUUUACUCCUUUCUUCUAUUUUUCCUUUUGUAUUAUUAUGCUAGUCUCUUUAACCCUCAUACCAUCAACUCCCACAUUGUUGACAUCAUUGUCAUCAUUAUUUCCAUUGUACAUAAAUUACAGAUGCAUUUGAUGUCAUCUUAAAGUGUUACCAUUGAUGCUAAUAUAUAGCUUUGAAUGAUGGAAAACCAUGUUGAACAUGUUACUGUCAUUAAAAAUUAUCCUUCUUUGUCUAAAACUGCCAAGAAUUUUGCUUAUUGUAUUUAGGUUAUCAUUAUGUUCAGGAUCAGUUUUGGGGAUGAUGGUGAUAAGAGACUGACUGGAAGUGUUUUUGUAUGCUCAUUUCUAUAUGGCCUUUGUCUUGGUCCUUAUAGUUGUUGUGCUAGUGAAUUUCUGUCAGAAGAAAUGCUCUUACAUAGAGCAAAUCUUCUAUGAUAGAGGUGACAUCAUCAUUUUUGUUCCAUGGCCCUUCUGUUCCCUCUGUGUAUUUAUGCAGAGGGUUUUUGAAAUGUCGCCAAUUGCCUACUAGAGUGAGACAAUGCAAGGUGUGCUCAGUGUCCUCAGUGCUGUGGGAGAGCAUUCUGACAGUGGGUGAUUGUUUUUGAUGAUCUGUCACCAUGACUCCAGUAUACAUGGAGUUUAAAUAAAGAUAAUUUCCUUACUCAGUCUGGUAUUUGUACAAGCCACUUCUUUCUUCUUAAGCUCCGUUGGCAGUGCUUGUGGAUGUGUUUAUUUACUUAUACAUAAUAAGCAAAACUGUUAGCUGCUGGGUGCAGGGGUCCAGUUAUGGUCUCAUAAAACUGUUUAUUUCUAAAGAAUAUUAUUGCAUUAACUAUGGCAUUGCUAUUAUUAUUUAUAGCUAUAAAUAUAACAUUGGAAGAUGAUAUAUAACCCAGGUGAAAGUUAUUUUUUUAAAGAAAGACAAUAACAGGACUGAAACCUCAUGUUUACAGAGCAGCAUAUGUAUGUGUGGGGGUGAUGGUGGUGUUUGUAUGUGUAGGUGUGCACACUUCAUCAGUUUAGCUUUGCCCUGAUAAAAGCUGCUUUUCCUUGAUGACCAGCAUUACUGAGAAUCUUACAUGCAAAAUGAUGGUAAGCAAGACAUUUUCUUGUUAUGUCUGCUGUGGGUAUUGCUGGAGGUUUGUGAUAUAGGUCUCAUAUCUGCUGCUCUCCCUCCACAACUUCUCCUGUUUCCUCACAGUAACUCUGGAUGAAAUAGUAGCACACAUUUUUUGAAAUGUAUUAUUCCUAUGCUAGACCAGUAAACUAUGGCAUGUUUAAGAUGGAUGUCUAAGAGUUAACUGCACCUUUUCUCUUUUGUACUUGAUCUUCAUCCUUUUGUGCAUUGUUCAUCAUCUGGGGACAGUAAGACCUUUGAAUAAUUUCUUCAAUCUAAAAAUUCAGCAAAAUGUGCUGGCAAAUGUUAGACCAACCAUCUGUUUUCAUGCAAGUUGUUUCUCAUUGAAGGUUGAAAUAGAAUUUGCUGCAAAAUUUAAAACGACACAAAGUCAUUGUUCGACUUUUGUUAAAAAUUUGAUUUCUUGUAAUCAGGGAGUUGUGAUCAAUAUGUUGGAAGUGUGCAAUGUAGGCCAAGUUUAAUCUUGGCUCCCCUUGACCUAUCCAGCGCAAUGCUAGUUUUAAAAAUAAAAUGCAAACUUGUAUUUUGAUGAUAGACACUAACAUAAGAUGGUGUAUACAGAUCAGCUCUCUUUUUCAAUUUGUACCUGAAGAUUAUUUCAGCCACUGGGUUGUGAUAAAGUAUUGUUACUAAGAUUAAAAUAUUAUCUUUACAUUUAUUUAUCUUGAGCUAAGAAUAUUGCUAUCAGAGUGUUGUGCUUUUGUUCUUCCUUGAUUAUUAUUCACAUGUAACUCUGUUAGUUUAUAGCUAAAUUUUAAAAAAAGUUAUUUAUUGAACAUUGGCAUGUUUGUGUAAUGUAUUUGUACAUUUUUUGUCACCUAGUGGGACUGUUGUCAUGCUCAAAUGUUUCUUGUUGCACAAAACAAAAACCUGCAGACUGUUAAUUGUUCACUUCCUGUAUCUCAAAGACAGUCUUCAGGCAAAGCUAGUUCAUGGAGGAUAAAUAGCUUGACAUAGAGGUGGUGUGAUUAUCUCUGUGUGUGCGCACAUACGCGUGAGAGAGAGAGAGAGCAUUGUGUAUAGGUGAGUGCAUGUUGGCAUGAUUAUGUUUGUGUAAUUUCUGCUGCCACAAGACCAUUUGACCAUUGCUGUCAUUGCAUUUCAUGUUGAAAAUUGAUUUGAGUUUGGUGCAUUUCUGAGAAUAGUCUGUUAUGGGAACACUUGGUUAGAUACUUUUCAUGUCACAUUUGUUUCUGUUUACAGACAUUUAUAAGAACUGCUUAUGUAUAAUACAGUGAAAACAUUUUAUUCUUGAAUUUUAAAUCUAAAAUGUCACUUUAGCUUGGUCUGUAAUUGCUUAUAGAAGUAUUUCCCACACUUCAUGCCACUGCUGCAUACAGCAUACAGGGUUAGGAAAGCAUUUGUUAUAAUGUAGAGAGAGCAUACAACACAUCAGUUUCAGUAUCUGAUGUCCAGGAAAUAAGAAAGAGAGGUUUACUCGAGAUCGCUCAUGAGAAGGGUGGAUUUAUUUAUUAGAUGAGAAGAAUUUUCUUAAGUGAUUGAAAAUAAAAGGACAUACUUUUCUAUACGUUUAUCAGAUAAUAAUAAAGACAAUCUCUUAAGCUGUGUUUGGUGAUAAGAAAAAUGUUGAAGAUAAUGUGGGAGGGGAUUUUAUAGAGCCUUUAAAAUGAUUAUUUGCAUUAGAAAGAUAAAAAUGUAUGUUUGAGGGGUAUCUGCAGAACACAGAUGGGUUCAUCUGGUAAUUAAAAAAGUGGAUGAAGAAAAGAUCACAGAAGACUGAAUUUGUUGAGAAAGAAGAAAUCUAAUUCACCGUGUUAGGAAUGGCAGUCAUUGUGUCAUCUGCUCAUCAAGAAGGGGCACACAUACAUCUGAAAGGACUGUAGCUUUGGGCUGAGGAUGGUAAUCUAUCCACAAACCUGCUUUGCUUGCAGUUCAUACAACAAUCAUGACCUUUGUCGGUUGGUAGGUCCCACUUGUCUUACAAAAUGCAAGGGCAUGAGAGUUUCAGGUGUCAAAACGAAUUAGAUGUAGGAGAUGGUGACCAGACUGCAUUAUUCUUAAACAGAAUAAUGUUCAUGGAAUAUAUGCAUGUUAUUGCUAUUUAUUCUGUCCCUAUUUCAUCCACAGAAGUUUGUAGAUUCUGCCUUUACAGGACAUUUAUAUAGCGUGGCUGGUCUUGUCACUCAGGAGUUAAAAAAAUGACUUUUUAGGCUAAUGAAUAUUUUAUAAUGUUGUCCCUGCAUAGGCAGAUUUCUAAUCAUCACUGGAACUGACCUAAAUACUUCUGCUUGAUAUCAGAUGUUAGAUUGGUGAUUGCAGAUCAGCUAGGUAGAGAACUUCCUGCUGUCCUUUCCCAUGCUUCCUUUCUACAGUUUUGCUGCUCUUGAAAUUUAUAGGCUCAGCUUAUUUCAAUAAAUGUGCUCCUGAAAAUAUUUGUGAAUGUACACAAAAAGCAGCAUGAAGUGUUAGACAUAACCAAGAGUACUAAACAUCACAGUUGACAUGUAUGUGUUGCACAUGCUAUUACACAGAAUGUUGUUGACGUGUUGUAGUGAGGAGAUUAUUCAGACAAAGUAUUGUUUAUGAUGACUUGUAGUUACAGUGUUGGGCAGUAAAAGUAUCAAGAGGUAUCAAGAAAUCAUAAAAGGCUUUGUCCAAAUAGAUCUGCAACUGGUUACAGAAGAAUACUCAGUUUAGCAAGACCACGAAUUGUUCACAAACAAGUAAGUGUGUGAUCAAGAGAUCGCUGUACUUUUUAAGGGUUUUUUUUUUAAUCAGUCUAGUUGAGAGCUUAUACAGUUUUACAUGUCAAAGGCUCAGAACAGAGUCUCAUGCUUUCGAUAAUUAGAGGAUUUGUUAAUAAACUUUUUAAGGAGAUUUUACCUUGUAAUUCAAUUACCCAGUCCUUUCUGGCUUGUGGCUUGCAAAAUGAAAGAGGAACAGAUGCAAUAUGACAAAGACCAAAACUUAUUGCAAUGGGAUAGUCUGAAGUGUUGGUCAGUUUGUGAUGCCCAUCAGACAAACUUGUAAACAGUCGAAGCUUGAAGUAUGAAAGCUCAGUGACUUCUUAUGUCUGUUGCUACACCAUUAUAUUUGGCCCUGACAUGGUAACUUAUUACAUUGUGCACAGAUUACCUAGAUCACAUUUUUUUGUUUGGCGUGGCUUAACUUUUUGUCUUUUCCAUGUUUCUUUGCUGUGGUAGAGUGGGUCACUUUAUUGUUAGUGGAUGCAACUCCAGUAAGUCCACAAUAAAGAGAUGGAUAUAUGUCCAUCAUACACUGCCCAUUACAAUUGAGGUUCUCAACUCUCAUGGACUAUCAGCAUGUCUUGAUAAAUACCCAGUAGCCAACCAUCAGCCAUCAUGAUCUGACAAUAUCCUACAUCUCAACAGUCAUCUACGACUAGCAGUCAUGUUUUUGCAAUACAGUACAAGUUUAAAUGCCAAGUCAGGCUCAUUAGCUAACCUGCUUAUCAAAUAUACAUAGCAAUCAUUUUGUGGCUUUUGGCUACUUUGGACUAGCAGUUAUUAUUAAGUGACAAUCCUUACCUAGUUAAGUGUAACAAUAAGCAGUCUCCAGUAUAAUUACAGAAGCCUUCCUACCCAAAUCCCAAGCUUUUUAAAUUCUAUUUGUGAGUGACAUUAUGGGUUUGAGCAUUGAAUUAUUAUUUGAUCUUUAUCUUGAAUAGUCCUACUAGUUUUUUAGGAGGGACAAAGGGGUUUUUAAGUAGUGUGAGGAUGUUAUAAUAUAUUUUUAAAAAAAACCUUAGUCUGAAUUAAAAAGCAACAGGUUGCUUGAUAAAAUGUAGUCAAUAAUGUUACACUAAACUAUAUCCGUGACCCUUAGAAAUCGAAGGGACAUACUCUCUUGCUAUGUGGGUGAGUGAGUGCUCAGUAUGGGCAAAUGUUUUCAGGCUAGGUGGGUAGCCGUAGUGUUCCAGCAGUACUUGAUAAUCUUUUGAGGUAGAUGUCUUAGAUUCCCCUAAGGCUAAUUAAGGUGGGUUUGUAGCACAAAAAUGCACUUAACCUCAAGUCAGGAUUACUAACCAUGGGUUCAGAUCUUGCCUUUGGCGCACAUAGCUGCUCUCUGAAUGUAGCACAUGUUGACUGUGAUAUACAGCCCCAGACAGUGUAAAUCACCAACCUAAGCCUAUCUUAAGGCUAUCCUAUAUAAUUUUUCUAUAUGUAAUAAAGAGCAACAAUUUGCAGAUGGUUGUGCACUUUUGUAACUGUAAAGUGUAAUAAGUUCUGUCAAUACAAGGGUUUUUCCUAUCAUGAUGGAUAGGUUCUGGGUGUCUUGCAGCUUUCUUUGUUUGUAACUUGUUGAGAGUUCUGCAAAGUACACUAGUAUUUAAGCUGAUCAGUCUUUGCAAACUGACCCUGUCAUUGUUAUGUCCCAGGCUUCCAUAAUGAUAAGCAUGACUUAUUUUGAAUUGAGGACUUGCACAAAACAUUUUAACAAACAUUAUUUCAAAGUCUGUUCUCAGCAAUAUCUUUAAGCUGCACAGCUCUAACCACACACUUAAAACAAAUGGAAAGUACUGCUUUACAUGUAUACAGAAGACAAAUGUGAGCAGGUGAUGCUUGUUUGUGGUGGUGACUGAGUAGAUGUGUGUGUGUUGGGGGUGUAUAUGCAAUUGGAAACAGUUACAACUGUUCUUUUAAAUGCUGGAUUUAAGGAUCUUCAUUUUGUUGGAAGUUUUGACUGGAGCUGCAGCUGGGCAGCUGCUGUGUUCUGCGCUUGUUUUUGAUGGGCUUUGUGCAAUCAAUACGUUCAAACUUGGAGCUUUGCUUGGUGGCUCAUUCACAGGAGAACCAAGAAAUCUGGAAAUUUGUUUUAGACCAACCUUAAGUGGUUUUUUAGGUCUUGUUCUGGCCAGCCACGGUUUGUGGUGUGCACCAGUACUGACCCAAGACACUAAUGAUCACCCAUAACUGUCUUCAGAACUUGAUCAAGAUCAAGAAUUGUGUCAUGUGAUAUCCUCUCUCAGUACACACAAAUAAACAUAUUUGUCUACAUGCUUAAAAACAAUUUCUGACAGUAUUUAUUAGGGCAAACUUUCUCACUAAAAUGUUUCAAGACCGUUUUAGUUGGGUUUUUCUCGGCAGCUGUAUAUGUGCUUUUUAUUCCUGAUGGUUGCAUGGUGGUGCUUUAUUUAAAACAUGUAUGUGACAUUCUGCCUGUCAUCUUCCUACACUGCUCUAAGGUAUGCAUGAGAUUUGACGGUUGUUGUUAUGUAACACUCUGCUUAAACAUUGUGGACUGUGCGUGGGUGUGAGUGUGUGAUUAGUUGUAUAUGCAUAUGCUGAAAGCAGAACUAACAAUGGCAGUAUUCACCAUUUUCUUUUGAUUGGUUAGGAAACUAACAAUGGCAGAUAUUAUUCACCAUUUUCUUUUGAUCAGUUAGGAAUUUUGUCUGGCUAUGUGCAUGUUUGAUGUCUGUAAAACAUACAGUGAAUGAGAAAAUAGUAGAGAGAAGCAGGUAGAGUUGUAAUCUUGCAUUUGACUGGAUUUUGACAGUGGAGUUAAGAAAUAAGGGCAUUUUAUGUAAGGCAUUGCGGGCUCUGGCUAUUUUAUGUCAUCUUUUAUUUUAAAAAAAAAGAUUACAUGUAUUAAAUAACAACCAGGUGGUCCACCCCUCACCUACUCCUUCAUUUUUCUGGCCUUGGUACAUAGUUACUAAUGUAGCAAAUACUUUGAUGCCUCAAGUAGGAAGUACAUGUAGUCAGCAAAUGUCAAAUAGAUCAUUGGUUGUAGAUUUAUACAUCAUGUAGAUAAAUGCAGUCUUGUCACCUGGAUAUGGCUCAAGCACACACCUUUAUAACAAUAAAUGGUGAGAUACAUAAAGCAGUUAUGUAAGCAUAAUGACAGCCUUAUGAACUUUCUCUGAUACUUGACAGUCAAGAUGAUUUAGACCUAAGAAUUUAACAGGUGAAAAAACUGUCAGCUGACCUAUGUGUCACAUUGUUGUCAUUAAAAUGACCCUCUCCGUCACACACAAACAAAUGGUUACAGACUAGGGACAGGGAUGUUUUGAGUCUUUCAGAUGUGUGUGCCCCAUUUCCAGCUGCUGUGUGUCAGCCAUGUUUCAUGUAGUCUUAUCAGUGAUGUGUUGGCAUCAUUAGCACUGACUAGUCAGUACAUUGUUGGCUUUAGAAGCACAGAGGAAAAUGUAGAGUACUGAUAUAUGUCAAUGUGUGAAGAUGCACAUCCCUUACUCACUCACUGUACUCUGCCACAGAAUUGUCGCAGAAUUUGUUUCCCACUUCACACAUUUGGACAAUGAAAAUGUCCUUCAUCUGUGCUUCUCAGAGUACUGUUGUUUCUUUUUGAUGCAUUCUGAUAAAGAAUUCUUAAGUACAAUAUACAUACAACACUUUUUCUCAUCUCUUGUUUUGAUUCAGAGCUCUUAAGCAUAUAAUAAAUUUUGAGAAAUAAAAGCAGUCGAGCAUGAUUUAAAUAUACUCAUUAAAACUUUUUUCAUGGCUGUGUGUUUCAAAUUUCUUUUGAAAGAUUUCGGCUAAGCCUGUACUCACAGAUAUUCAAGUAUGUUGCACAUUACACAUCUUUAGAAUUUGUCAUUAAAGGUUGUCACCACCAUUAAAAAAUAAUAAACCAUGCUGCAUAACAUCCAAAGCUCCUUAACUAGGCCUACAAUUCUUGAGUUGAGAGCUUUUCAACAGAGUACAGAAAAUAUCUAAACAGUUUAGGCUUUUUAUUUGUCAUAUGAUUUUGUUUUAAAAGCUUGGGGUUUUUUUUUGGUUGUUGUUUUAAUGUAAAGCUUACUUCUAAAUGUUGAAGUGUAGCCCAUAUGUUCAGUUUAUUUUAGAUUUGUUCAAGUUCUUAUUAAAGAAACAUUUGAAUUGGGAUUUUAUAAUUCAUCAGCAACAUCUGUAUAUUUUAUGAUAAUUAUUAUUAAUGUUUAUCUGUCAAGUGUCAUUUUCAGUGUGGUAGGACAAAAAAAACAAAAAAAUCUCAACAAUUGUGCCAGUGUUUCAUGUGCACUUGAAAGUGGGUCAGAUAUGGGAAGAUCAUGAUGUUCCCUUGUGAAUUUUUGUUGGAAAGGUGGGGAAGGGGGAGAGUGAUUAUUUAACAAGACACAGGUGACUGGAAAGGUUUCAUUAGAGACAUCUGAAAGUUGUGUUUGAUAAUAUGCCAGAAAAUGCAUGAUGUACUAUUAAUGUGUUAUCAGAGUGUGCGAGGCUUAAGAGUGGCUGGUAGUCUGCUGAUUGUGAGAAACCAAUUAUGUGAUUUUCUUUAUCAUCUUUUUUCAUUGCUAGAAACCAUGUAUAUGAUUCUCUGAGUAUUCUUCAGCUGUGGAGGUAGCCUUUGCUCAGUUGCUGAAUGUUACCUCCUCUGUAAAGGAAAAAGUUUGCUUUGGGUAUAUUUAGCCUUUAGUACAGACAAGAAGUAGGGUGCAGUGAAAUAUUUUCACUACAGACAAGAUUAUACUAUAUUGGAAUGUUUUGAACAGUCAAGCAUUUGUGUACAGUCUUGGAUGCGAUUUUUGUUUGCACAGCUUGAUUACUGUCUGAAUUCAUUUACUUUUAAACAAUGGACCAAUGAAGUUCAUAGCACGAAAACAUUUUUCUCAAUCCAGUUCAUUUUAGGCAAUUUUUUCUUGAAAGUUUCUAAAUGCUGCAAAUUUUCCUUUGCAAGUUGAUCUCCCAAUUAUUUUCAUUUGUGAGGGGAUUUGGUCUCAUCUCUUGGACAAAAAAAAAAAAUGUUGGAUCAGCUGCAUUGCUUAUGCACUCAUUAAAAUUAAACUUUGUAAAAUAUUUGUUUGGUGUAAAAUGUUUACUUGAAUUUAUUGUUGAUAGUGUUAGGUUCCUUUAUACUGGUGUUUUGGGAGGUUUACCGAAUGUUGACAUUUUCCUACGGAACAUGCUUGGUAUUGACAGCAUGGGGAAGCCCAGAGUGGGCUAGCUUAGCACAGUGAGCAAUCUGCUGUUAACUGUCAGAGAACAUGGUUAAUUUUCUGUAACGUUCAAAGCUGAAAAGAGCUGAGUAAAAAAGACAAAAACAAAUGACCAGCUGAUAGUCCACACAUUAUGGAGAAUCUUGAGGUUGGCUGAGGAUGAUGUGAUCAAAGCCAUGACAAACUGGCAUGGAUGAGCUGUGGUCAGCAUCAUUCAGUAGUUAGCCUUUCUGGUGGGGUUGUGUGCAUGCAGGUGAUGGCAUGCCCAGUAGUACAAAUGCCAUUUCUUUUUUUUUUUUUGCAUUCUGUGAACUAUUUGUGCAGAAACUGCUUUUUCGAUUGCAUUUAUUUUGCACUGGCUUUUGGCAAAAACUCAACAAUUCUACUCAAGUAAGCAGACGUGGCCUCGUGCCAAGAAACAUGCAAGCAGCUAUUUGACAUGUUCCAAGGUAACCACAUCUGCUCUAGAGCAUCGCAAAUCUCAGGAUUUUUUGGUUCUUAUCUACACUUUGCCUUUUUCUCAUUAUAUCUUAGUGCAUAGUAUUAAGAUCUGUUGGGUGUCAUUUGUUCUUUUGCUGAGAGUUAUACCAUGUGUAUUUCCCUGGGGCAAGGCAAAUAUUUAUUACAAUUCUUAUGUAAUACUGAAUUAUUUCAACCAUGUAUCUUUUACUGUAAAUCAUUUCUUAUCAAUGUUCAGUCGUAGACAAUGUCUCAUGCUGUUUUGUAUCGUUUGGUAUGUAUGUAAAUUGUAAUAAUAUAUAAUUAUCAUCUUUGUGAUAACACAUUUUCAGAGUAUAUAGUAUGGGCAGUGUGCGUUUAUUAAAUAAAAUCAUGUUUUAAGAAUUUUUUUUCCUUUCGUGGUACAGGUCAUCGCAGCGUCCAGUGUUGAAGAUCAGACGGUUUCUUAUGUUACAAAGAUUCAUAUCUGUAUAUGUGAAAUAAAAUAGGGGUAAAUCAAAGGUGUGUUUUUUAUUAAGCAGUACUUUUCAGUUUCAACAAUAUAGCAGCUUGUGAAACCUUGAAAGUCCAUUAACAAAGACCAAUCUUCUAGUGUGACUAAAAAUUUGUCAGUCUUUUUUUUAAAAAUAAUCUAGAUUCCCCACAUUGUUGAACACACUUUUAGCAGCAUGAUUACUGCAAGGACCUAUUGCUGAAAGCCGUAGUCUAUUUCUAUAUAUCAUGCCAACUCAACUUUAGAUGGCCAAAGAUCUUUUUCAGACUGUUUUGUCAUGAGAUCACAUUCAGCAUGUAUUACAGAAGUGAAAGUGGUAGUAUGUCCUUUGAAGGCAGUGGAUAUGGAAUGCAUCCAACCAUAACUGCAUGCAUCCAUACAAGUAGCUGGCAAUGGUUUUUGAUUAUGUAUCUUUUAAUGUGUAUCUCACAAUGAUAAUAGUAAAGAUAAAAAAAAAAGUCUUUAAGAAAACCACAAGAAGUAAAAAUGCCUGUUGAAUUUGCAUCUUACGAUAUUUAAUCCACAAUAUGAAUAGUUUUGAUUGGUAACAAAAAUGAAUCAUUCUGCAUAUUAAGCACUUCUUGUUCGUCAAUGUAGAGCAGAACUAGUCACACACCUGAUCAGUCAAAAAAA